AUGGGAAAUACUACACUUCAAUCCACAGAUGAAAGCCUCCGAUUUGUGGUUGAAUGUGGUGACUCAGAAGUAGCUAUCUCUGCUGUACUGAACCCAGGAGGCCGACCUGUAGCCUUUAUGUCCACGACCCUAAAAGGUAGUGAAUUGCACUAUCCCCCUGUUGAAAAGGAGGCCACAGCUAUCAUAGAAGCAAUGCGUAAAUGGAGUCACUUUCUAGCUCGACAUCAUAUUACUCUGAUUACCGACCAGCGUUCAGUUGCCUUUAUGCUUGAUAACAGGAAGCGCACAAAAAUCAAGAAUAACAAAAUACAAGAAUGGAGAAUAGAAUUGGCAUCAUUCAGUUACAUUAUACAAUACCGACCAGGCAAGGAUAAUGUGGCCCCUGAUACCCUCACAUGUGCCUUCUGCUGUUCUACUGUACUACAUCAACAUCAACUCUUGCUGAUAUUCAUAAAGGAACUUUGUCAUCCCGGGGUUACUCGUUUGCUACAGUUUGUAAGAUCAAGAAAUCUUCGCUUUUCUACUGAAGAUGUAAAAAGAACAUGCUCAAGUUGUAAGAUCUGUGCAGAGUUAGAGCCACAAUUCAUUCCUCCACCGAAUGACACUCUUAUAAAGGCUACACAACCCUUGGAACAACUCCCUUCCUCGACACGGAACACAUAUAUACUCCUAGUGGUUGAGGAGUAUUCAUGUUUCCCAUUUGCAUUUCCUUGUCCAAAUAUGCACUCUUCAACUGUAAUCAAAUGUCUUGACCAAGUAUUUGCCCUUUGUGGUAUGGCAAGUUUCAUUCGCUCAGAUCGAGGUUCAUCUUUUAUGUCGCGUGAACUCAAAGAUAAUCUUUCCCUCAAGGGGAUAGCAACAACCAAAACGACAUCUUACCAUCCCAUGGGAAACGGACAGGUUGAAAGGUACAAUGCUAUCAUUUGGAAGGCUGUUCGUCUUGCCCUGAAGUCACACGACCUGCCGGACCAGAACUAG